GAGUGCGUCCUUAAAUUGUGUCCGGCUGUGUACCAGCCUUGUCAUUCCCCAAGGCAGCUUUAAUUACUCCUCCUCACCCUGUCUCCACUGCAGCACUUCCAGUGGUAGGCCAGUGGUUUCUGACAUGCCUCAGUGGUUGCUACUCAGCACCCUGGUCUGGGGCAGUGGCUUUGUCCUCCUCUUGGUCCUCCUGUUUGGACUGUAUGUGCAGCUCUUGUAUAAGUCUCAUCUUUGGGACCUCCAGCACUGCUCCACAGAGCUGACUGGCAAGACGGCAGUGGUGACUGGGGCCAACAGUGGCAUCGGGAAGAUUGUGGCGCAGGAGCUGGCCUGCCGUGGAGCCCGUGUGAUCCUGGCCUGCCGUAGCCAGGAGCGUGGACAGCGGGCCCUGGCCAAGAUCCAAGCAGCCUCAAAGAGCAAUUGCCUUGUGCUUGGUGAAGUGGACCUGAGCUCUAUGGCCUCCAUCCGGAGCUUUGCCCGGUGGCUUCUGCAGGAGUAUCCUGAGAUACACCUGCUGGUUAACAAUGCGGCAGUCUGUGGAUUUCCCAAGAUACUUACUCCAGAAGGCCUUGAUUUCACGUUUGCCACCAACUAUGUCGGGCCCUUUCUGCUCACAAACCUACUCCAAGGUGCUCUACAACGGGCAGGGUCAGCCCGGGUGGUGAAUGUGUCUUCCUUUCGGCAAGCACAUGGGUACAUUGAUGAGGAACAUUUGACUGGGGCUGGUAGACCUUUGGCCUUCAACCAGAACUACGACUGUAGCAAACUACUCCUGACUUCAUUCACCACGGAGCUUGCCCGCAGACUGAAAGGGACUGGUGUGACUGUGAACUCUGUGGACCCAGGUGUUGUCUAUACGGGUAUCAUGAAGAAUUUCUCUUGGACCUACCGCUUCCUCUUCUGGCUCAGCAGCUUCUUCAUUAAGGAUGUCAAACAAGGUGCAAUCCCAGUUCUCUACCUAAGCUUGGCAAAGGAGUUGGAUGGCAUUUCUGGAAAAUAUUUUAGCAGUUCCUGUGUGGUAACUCUUCCCCCUAGAGCUGCUCAGGAUCCUCAAGUGGCCCAAAGCCUCUGGAAUACCUUGGUCCAACUAACAAACCUAAACAAGACGGACUGACCCUCUGUGACCCUGCUCUAACUUGCCACCCUCCCCCUGACUCCCAGCCCUUCCUCUGAUUAUGCCUUUUGUUUGCUAGCUCAAAGGAUCUAUCACUUUGUCCGGUAUAAUGACCACUUCCUCUUCCUGUUGGCCCAGUGGCAUGAGAGCUCAGAUUAGCCAGGGAACAGUUCACCUUUCAUUUUAUUGCCAGUUCUCUGAAGGAAGUUUUCAUCCCUUGGGCAAUACAAUCUCCAAAUCUACUGAGUCCCACAUUAUGGUGAUGGGGAGUAAAACUCCUUCCAGUGGGUAUUAGGGAUACCAGGAAGAGGAGAAACUUCUACCUGUAUCUGUUGGUUUCUAGACAUGUGCUUCCUGGCUUUGAGGGAGACUGCAUUACGCAGUGUCCUUUGGAUUAAGGCAUAUGCACCAUCCUGUAGGACAGUACCCCAACUUCACAGGGUGCUACUGUAACUGGGCCUGUUACAUCUUUCUAUCAAACCAGUUGCUCUUGGGUGAUGAAUAAUAAUAAUAAUAAGAUCAGUGAAUUCUGGGAUUGAGGGCCCAUUGCUUCUUUUCUAGGGUCUUUGUUCAUCACAUAAAUUUUGGAAUCAGCUCUUCAAAUUUCACAUACACAAAAUUCCUGUUUGUAUUGCAUUCUACCUAUUUGGGAGGGUUGACAUUUUUAUGAUUUGUGUUUUCCUAACCAUGAACAAGGUAUACUCAUAUCUAUUUAGAUUUUCUUAAUAUCUUUAUAAAAUUUAAAAUAAUUUUAUCCAUAAAGAUCUUGUACAAGUUUUACUAUGUUUAAUUCCAGGUAUCUUAUGUUUUCAUGGUAUCGUAAAUGGUAUUUUAAAAUUUGUAUAUUGAUUAUAUGUCAAACAACUAAUCAUUUAUUCAAUUCUAAUGAGUUAUCUGUAGAUUCUUUUGUUUUUUUUCUACAUAGAAAAUCACACCAUCUAGAAAUAAUAAAGUUUUAUUUCUUCCCUUUA